GCCGCUGUACCUCCGCGCUAAGGUCACCGCUGUCAUUCGGGAGCUAACCAGCCGAAAGGAAGCGGAGGAGAAACCCGGCGAACACCCAGCGAACACCCAGCGAACACUCAGCGAACACCCAGCGAACAAUGUCUCUGUCUAACAAACUCACCCUGGACAAGGUGGACGUGAAGGGGAAGCGCGUCAUCAUGAGGGUCGACUUUAAUGUUCCAAUGAAGGACAAACAGAUCACCAACAACCAGAGGGUGAAGGCGGCCGUUCCCAGCAUCCAACACUGCCUGGACAACGGAGCCAAAUCCGUGGUGCUGAUGAGCCACCUGGGACGCCCCGACGGGAACCCCAUGCCUGAGAAAUACUCGCUGCAGCCGGUCGCCGCCGAGCUCAAGACCCUGCUGGGGAGGGACGUCACCUUCCUGAAGGACUGCGUCGGCGCCGAGGUGGAAGCCGCCUGCGCCAGCCCCGCCGCCGGGUCCGUCAUCCUGCUGGAGAACCUCCGCUUCCACGUCGCCGAGGAGGGGAAAGGCAAAGACGCCUCCGGGAACAAGACGAAGGCGACCCAGGAGCAGAUCGACUCCUUCAGGGCGUCUCUGUCCAAGCUGGGAGACGUUUACGUCAACGACGCCUUCGGCACGGCUCACAGGGCCCACAGCUCCAUGGUGGGGGUGAAUCUUCCUCAGAAGGCGGCAGGUUUCCUGAUGAAGAAGGAGCUCGACUACUUUGCGAUGGCUCUGGAGAAACCUCAGAGACCGUUCCUCGCCAUCCUCGGAGGAGCGAAGGUGAAGGAUAAGAUCCAGCUGAUCAAUAACAUGUUGGAUCAGGUCGAUGAGAUGAUCAUCGGCGGCGGGAUGGCGUUCACCUUCCUCAAAGUCCUGAACAACAUGGAGAUCGGAACCUCUCUGUACGACGAGGAGGGCGCCGGCAUCGUCAAGGACCUGAUGGCCAAAGCGGAGAAGAACGGCGUCAAGAUCACGCUGCCCGUCGACUUCGUCACCGCCGAGAAGUUCGAUGAGAAAGCCACCACUGGCACGGCAACCGUCGCCGCGGGCAUCCCCGCUGGCUGGAUGGGUUUGGACUGCGGACCAGAGAGCUCGAAGGCCUACGGCGCCGCGGUGGGCCGGGCCAAGCAGAUCGUGUGGAACGGUCCGGUCGGCGUGUUUGAGUGGGACAACUUUGCCAAAGGGACGAAGAACCUGAUGGACAAAGUGGUCGAAGUGACCAAAUCAGGCUGCAUCACAAUCAUCGGUGGGGGCGACACCGCCACCUGCUGCGCCAAGUGGAACACAGAAGACAAGGUCAGCCACGUGAGCACGGGUGGCGGCGCCAGUCUGGAGCUGCUGGAGGGUAAAGUCCUGCCAGGUGUGGACGCACUGAGCAGCGUCUAAACUUCCCAUCAGCCCGCUGGUUUGUGUGUGUGAGUGUGUGUAAGUGUGUGUAUGUGUGUGUGAGAGGUGUGUUGCUCCUCAGUCAGACUCCUGUUUACUCCUCAAUGUGUAAAAUCACCUGAAAUCACCUGAACUCACCUGCUUUACCAGCCGUCUGUAUCAAGUAGAGCCUCCUGCCUUAUGAACACACGCUGAAGAUGGAAGCUGUCAGACGGUUUAUUAAGGUCGUAUCAGGAUCCGCUGAGAUACUUAAACACCGGCUCUCGUGUGAAUGUGUAUACUUUUGCAUAGCCUCGCUGGGGCUGCACCCCCCCCUCAGUGUGUGUAUACGUUCAGUAUAUAUAUAUAUAUAUAUAUAUAUAAGAAACGGUUCAUGUGAUGUGUGUGACGUUAUAUUUUCUGUUCACACUGACUUCGGCUCUGUUGAUGACAAUAAAACCGUCUCUGUCAAAA